AACUCCGGUUUAGUGUAACCAAUUGUUAAUUCCGGUUAUGUAGAAAUAACCGGGUUCUCAUCUCUACCUUUGUGUUCUUCUCUCUCUUAUCCACCCACGCGCUUUGUGUAAUAAGAAGACCAAAGAUGGUGACGACGGCGACGUGCGUCGUCGGAGCUCCGUUGGUAGUUACUCGAGACUCUAGACGGAUUCCGAAGACCUUAAAGUGCUUCGCUUCCACCGCCGAUUCCGAGCUUCUCCGUUCCCAGCUCGAUCGUCUUCACGCGGAGGCAGAGUCCACUCGUGCUAAAGCAAAUAGUAACAGGUUGAGACUUUUGAGAUUAUCCGAAGCUGCAGAGAAUCUAAGGAGACAAGCAUCUGUAAGCGUUCAGACCGGGAAAGAGAACGAUGCAAGAGAGUUGCUUCUCCAGAAGAAGAAAGUCAUGCAAGCUUUGGACAAGGCCAAAUCUCGUAUCGAGUUGCUCGAUACCCUUUCUUCCAAACUUAACGAGGCAAUAUCUGUCAAGGAAACACAGCUGAUUGGGAACAUAUCUUUAGAUCUCCAAGUAGAUACUGACAACAAUAAUACUUCAGAUGGAGGAGUUCACAUUGUAUCUCCAAAGCCUGAGUCUACUCAAGAGAAUGACACAAACGACUUGGAUCCUCAGGAAAGUCAACUUACUGAAAACAACUUUGAGGAACAACACCAAGAAGAGGCUUUAACUGGCAGCAUCUUCAGAGAAGUGUCUUCUUAUGACUCUUUCCUGAAAAAUCUAGACCAGAAACUUGGCAGAAUCGAGGAUGAACUUGUCAACGUUGUGAAUGUUGCGUCGUUGGUGCUUAGUCAUGAAGAUAAACCCAAUAAUUUAAAGGUUCAGCAAACAUCGGAAGUUCUUGAAGAGAUUCGUUCUGUCAGGGAAAGGAUUGCAAAUAUCAUUUCCAAAGAAGCAAACAUCAGUUAGUGCCUCAAGCUCCUUUGGUAUGAACAGUUUUAAGCAUCUCUAUACUCCAUUCAGGUCUAUGGCUCUUCUUGAUGUGAUGUGAUGUGAUGUGAUGUGAUAUGCUGUGAAUAUUAAAUUUCUUGUUAAGUUGGGUACAAACUUAGGUGUUAGGACCGAGCAUGAACAUUCAUGACAUAUCUUCCUUGCUGAAAGAAUUUAAUAUAUGAAUUAACAACAGAUACCAAA